CGCCGCACGCGGUUCCGCAGGUGGCAGCGAUGGCCCAGUCCUGAACGCCCCGCCAUGGCCGGCGCCCCCGGCCCGCUGCGCCUUGCGCUCCUACUGCUCGGGGCGGUGGGCAGGGCCGGCCCCCGCCCCCAGGGUGCUCCUGUGUCCCUCUUGGAGACAAUGCAGAAAUGGGAAGAAUAUCAACGCCAGUGCCAGCGCAACCUGAGUGAGGCUCCACCUCCUGCCACAGGCCUGUUCUGCAACCGGAGCUUCGAUGGCUACGCCUGCUGGCCAGAUGGGCCUCCAGGUUCCUUCGUGAAUGUCAGCUGUCCCUGGUACCUGCCCUGGGCCAGCAGUGUGCUACAGGGCCAUGUGUACCGGUUCUGCACAGCUGAGGGCCUCUGGCUGCACAAGGACAACUCCAGCCUGCCCUGGAGGGACUUGUCGGAGUGCCUGGAGUCCAAGCGAGGGGAGAGAAGCUCGCCGGAGGAGCAGCUCCUGUCCCUCUACAUCAUCUACACGGUGGGCUAUGCACUCUCCUUCUCUGCUCUGGUCAUCGCCUCUGCGAUCCUCCUUGGCUUCAGACACCUGCACUGCACCCGGAACUACAUUCACCUGAACCUGUUUGCAUCCUUCAUCCUGCGAGCACUGUCCGUCUUCAUCAAGGACGCAACCCUCAAGUGGAUGUACAGCACGGCUGCCCGGCAGCACCAGUGGGAUGAGCUCCUCUCCUACCAGGACUCUCUGGGCUGCCGCCUGGUGUUUCUGCUCAUGCAGUACUGUGUGGCAGCCAAUUACUACUGGCUCUUGGUGGAGGGCGUGUACCUGUACACACUGCUGGCCUUCUCAGUCUUCUCCGAGCAACGAAUCUUCAGGCUCUAUGUGAGCAUAGGCUGGGGUGUCCCCCUGCUGUUUGUUGUCCCCUGGGGCAUUGUCAAGUACCUGUAUGAGGACGAGGGCUGCUGGACCAGGAACUCCAACAUGAACUACUGGCUCAUUAUCCGGCUGCCCAUUCUCUUUGCCAUUGGGGUGAACUUCCUCAUCUUUGUUCGGGUCAUCUGCAUCGUGGUAUCCAAACUGAAGGCCAAUCUCAUGUGCAAGACAGACAUCAAAUGCAGACUUGCCAAGUCCACGCUGACACUCAUCCCCCUGCUGGGGACUCAUGAGGUCAUCUUUGCCUUUGUGAUGGACGAGCAUGCCCGGGGGACCCUGCGCUUCAUCAAGCUGUUCACCGAGCUCUCCUUCACCUCCUUCCAGGGGCUGAUGGUGGCCAUCUUAUACUGCUUUGUCAACAAUGAGGUCCAGCUGGAGUUUCGGAAGACCUGGGAGCGCUGGCGGCUGGAGCACUUGCACAUCCAGAGGGACAGCAGCAUGAAGCCCCUCAAGUAUCCCACCAGCAGCCUAAGCAGUGGGGCCACAGUGGGCAGCAGCGUGUACGCAGCCACCUGUCAGAUCUCCUGCAGCUGAGACUCCAGCGCCUGCCCUCCCUGGGGUCCUUGCUGCUGGCCGGUUGGCCAUUCCAGGUGGGAGAGACACUCCCAGGGACAGGGGAAGGAAGGAACACACACACACACACACACACACACACACACACACACACACACACUUCCUGCUUUCCCUCCCCAAACCCAUCAGACAGGUAAAUGGGCAGUGCCUCCUGGGACCGUGGACACAUUUUCUCCAAGAAGCGUCAGCCUCGUAAUUUGAUCACAGUGGCAAGCGGAGAGGAAAAACGAGCACUGUGAAAAUGAGGAGGAUUUCUUCCCGUGAAGCCACAGGCCCUUGGGGUUCCCCCAGACAGAGCCGCAAAUCAACCCCAGACUCAAACUCAAGGUCAAUGGCUUAUUAAUGAAACUGGGGCUUGCGAGAGGAGGUGGUUCUGAAAGUGGCUCUUCCAACCUCAGCCCAACACAGCUGGAGUGACCGGAGCCUCCUCUGCUUGCAUCACUUGGAGGCACCCCCCUCCCUGUCUUCUCCCAAAGGGAAGCUGCUUGUGUGUCUGGGCUGCUUAUUUCCCUCAGCUUGCGCCCUCAUCUCACUGCCCAGUUUCUUUCUGAGGGGCUUUAUUUGGAGCACUGCCAGCAGCCUUUUCUGGAAAUGGCCGUAGGUGGUGGUGAGAAUGAGCAUUGAGAAGAUGCCCGCUUCUCCUCCAGGUAUUUGAGUUGCUUCGGUGGCUGCCCCUGCCAUGCCCAGAGAAUCACCGCAGGCCUGCCACCAGGGAGCCCAGCCCCAGGGUAUGAGCUCCCAAGUCUGUUUUAAAGAUGCUCAAGAAUCCUCUGGGGUUCAUCUAGGGGCAUGUUAGGAAUGUCCAGACUGUGGGUGUAGAUUAUCUGCCACUUCCAGGAGCCCAGAGGGCCAGGAGAGACAUUGCCUCCAGCUCUCCUUGGAAAUACUUUUUAUCUGUGACCACACGCUGUCUCUUGGCGUGAGAAUUUGGAUAUCCUCUCUAACUUGAGGGGAUGUGAUCAUGAAGACACUCUCCUAGGGAAGCCAAUAGUCCCCAUCAUCACCAUGGAGGCAGGCUCCCCCUGCCUUUGGAAUUCCCCUGCAUGGGAGCUUGUAUAUACUUCAUUCACUUUUCUUAAUUGCUGUAAAUAGACUGUGUGCACAAACAGGCAAUUCUGAUUUCUCCCAUCUAAUGGAAAUGAGUGAAAUCAUGCUUGUUGUGAUGUUGUUUGGGGGAGUGCAGCAGUCAUUGAUUUGACCCACUCACACUGGAGCUAAUUAAGGUUUGCUCUGCUGCCAGACUCCCCCACAAAUAAUGAGCAGCAGAAAGGCUGGAUGGUAGGGAAGUUGAACCUCGGGCUAAAGAAAGGAAUUGUGUGAAUGGCUGCCUGACUGAGACCACAGAGGCCAGGGCGCAUUCCUGCUUCCCCAGAACAAGGGCAGGCUUCCCAAUGGCAUCCCUUGCGUGCUGUCUCUUUGUGAAGGUGAGCACCAGU